UGAGUGGAUAGAAGCAGUCGGAGCUGUAUCCUCUUUGUGGCGUAUUUUGUUUUCUUGGACACUCUGGGGUGUCCUUACAAACUAGGUCUCCCCAUUGCUUGCCUCCCUUCUGGCCCGAGCGCUCUGGGAUCGGAAGAGGGAUCGUUUGUGCAGGAUUAUCGCGAGUGGUGGGUUUUCUUUUAGUUGUGCUGCGCUCAGUGAUGGAAUUUGUGGCGGAGUGCAGAGUGAAGGCGCAAAUUCUGUAGGAUUUUCAUCCACCCACUUUGCGCCCCGCGCGACCCACAAUCGCAAUCAAUUCACGGACUGCGGAGUGCCCAAUCCGGGGGCACAGAGGCAAGGACCCAGAGUCGAGAGAGUGCGGGAGUGUGGGCGUUCUAGGACUCGUGUGUUUGUGAUGACUCUUGGCUGGUGACUACAUUGCUAAAGGACUAUUUCCGCCAUUGAAGCCCGCUUCCCGCAGGCGUCGCAACGGAUUUUUUUUGCCACCAUCGACUCAAAACAAGAUCACGACGCUUCGAAACAUGGGCACAGUGCUGAGCUUCUCGCCACGUGAGCGGCGCCCCGUCUACUCGACCCACCAUCACGGCAGCGGCCUGAGCUCCGCGGGAUCGGCGGACUUCGCGCUCAACAACUUCAGCUACGAGCAGCUGAACAACGUCCGCAACAGGGAGAACAACAAGCCACCAUGUCAGACUGUGCCUAACAAUGCCACCGUCGUGCUCGUCGGCCAGACCCACAAUCACACCAAUAGCACCUCUGGCGGCGGCAACGGCGGCAGUGGCGGCGGCACCAACAACACCGCCAGCCUCCUCGGCACCGACAGUGCGCGAAUCCUGUCGGAGAAGAACGCCCUGGAGAAGAACCUGAAGAAGCACUCGCUGUUCAUCAAUGCGCUGUCGUGGAAGCGGCUGGCGGCGGCGUCGCACGGGAAGAAGAAGCUGGACAAUAACAAAAACAAGGCCGCCAAUCUCCCGACCGCCACAUUCCGCACGCCACUGACGGAUGUCAUCCACCCGCUGGUGGCGGACAAGAACAAGAACAUCCAGCAGCAGCAGCAGGGCCAGCAGCCGCCGCAGCAGCAGGUCUUCUUCACGCCCGGCGCCCCGAAGGCGCUGCUCGCCCUCGAUCUGGUGCGUGCCAACAACACAAAUCCCAUCCAGCAGCCCGACAAACUGGCCCCCAAGCUGCCACUCACGCUUCCCCUGUCGCUCCAGACAGCCGCCGUUACGCAACCCCAACACAGCCAUGGACCGAGAAAGACUGUCAUUCAGGCCUCCACGUCAGAACUCCUAAAGUGCCUGGGAAUGUUUCUGCAUGAUCGCUGCAGAAAGCUAAGGGACUUUCAAGCUGGCGACGCUGUUAUGUGGCUGAGAGCUGUCGACAGAAGUUUAUUGUUGCAGGGAUGGCAGGAUGUCGCCUUUAUCAAUCCUGCGAAUGUUGUGUUCGUAUACAUGCUCGUCCGGGAACUGGUGGACGGCGAGGAGACCAAGGAAUCCGAAUUGCAGGCCGCUGUACUCACCUGCCUCUACUUGUCGUACUCCUACAUGGGCAACGAGAUCAGCUACCCACUCAAGCCGUUCUUAGUCGAGGACUCCAAGGAUAAAUUCUGGGAUCGGUGCCUCCUGAUCGUGAAUCGUCUCAGCGGAAACAUGUUGAGGAUAAACGCUGAGCCGGGUUUCUUCACCGAAAUCUUCACGGAGCUCAAGGCAUGCGGCAUGAACGCCAUCAACAACAACCCGACGAAUAGCGUCGCUUGACGCAGACAUCCUCGCGAAGUGGUCGUGCGACUGUCCAUCGCUGGCCAGCAGCAGAAGUAUCAGCACCAGACGUCACUGCAGGAGCUCACGAGUGUUGUGUAGAUCGACAGCCGACCGCAGGUUCACACUUCCAUCCAGUUCCUUUGGCGCAAUGUAGGAACGCAGGGGAGUACCGAGGAUUUUCCUUUCACCACUUUCUUUUCCGCAAAGUCAUGCAGAAGAGACCGUUAUCGCGUCUCACCUCUCUUGCGUGACUUCUUUCCUUUUAUGUCAUCGUCGUCGUGAAACAGAGCACGAGUAAUAAGUGGAAAAAUCGCACUCAAGUUACAAGUAUAGAUGGAGAUGGAAAAAAUAGGAUUUUACUCUGAAAGGCAUAAAAGGAAUCAUUUUCAAAUACGCCGAAGAGAAAUAAAUGAUGAUUGUGUACGAUGAAUCGUUCUCAAGACGAGAGUUCAGCCGUUAUUUGAAAUUUUUGAAGCAAAAAUUAAGAUGAAACGUUAAUUGU